AUGCCCGCUAAAUUUGUGGCACAGACGCUUAAUUUCCACAACGAGUUACCUUCCAAAUUACGUCGGCUAAAGUCCCUUAUUACAGCAAAAGGGCUUGAUACGCUGACCAGUAAAUCAGUAUUUGUCGAACUAGACCAGGAAUCUAGAAAAGAAAAUGAUUUCUUCGACAAGUAUUUGAGAAAGAGACGACAGCGCUUUGAAAGUGAGUCUAGUAGCUCAGCUGACCCGACAAAUCAACCGAUAUCCGGCUCGAUUGAUAUUGACGUUGAGAAUGAGGCUGAGUUGGAAACAAAAGUUGAAGCUGGCACUAAAGCUGAAGCUGCGGGUCAAAGUCUCAUCGAAACAUGUAUCUUGAGUGAAUUUCGAAUGUGCAAUAUCUCCAAAAAGCUUUCAAAGCAUCAAUAUAGAGAGCUCUACUCACUCGUUCAUCGAUCUACAAGGUUCAUAUUGAAUGGACGUGCAAAAAAGAAAACUGAGGUUUCCUUAAACCAGGUGGCAGAUAUCGUUAGUAACGUGAUGGCACUGCUACUAAGUAAGUCAUAA